UUUCGAGACAGGGUUUCUCUGUGUAGCUUUGCGCCUUUCCUGGAACUCACUUGGUAGACCAGGCCGGCCACGAACUCACAGAGAUCCGCCGGCCUCUGCCUCCCGAGUGCUGGGAUUAAAGGCGUGUGCCACCACCGCCCGGCGAAUUUAAGUGUUUCUAAUCUGAUCUCAAUAAUUAUAUUAUUCCUCUCAGCACCAGCUUACCAGUUAAGUAGUCAUACAUUGUUGCUAUCUCUUAUAUUGUUUGAGUUUCCUUUUAGUGUGGAAUUUUCCCGAAAGUAUAUAUAUACUCUGCUUUCUGCAUUUUGUGUGUGUGUGUGUGUGUGUGUGUGUGUGUGUGUGUGUGUGUGUGUGUGUGUUUGUGUAUGGGCAUCUGGACAUGUACAUAUGCAUGUGGUGCAUGUGGAGGUGAGACUUUGAUAUUGGACGUCUUCAUCAGUCGCUCUCCUUAUAUAUUUCGGAUAGUCUCUCACUCGAACUGAGAGCUCGGUAAUUUGGCUGGUCUGCUCGCUGCUUGCUUUAAGAAUGCCCUAUGUCUGCCCCUGAAGCUCUGAGGCUGCAGAUGCACCUGCCUGGUACUUUCAUAGCAUGGGGGAUCUGAACUCUGGUCCUGGGCUGCGUCGACAAGGCUGCAAUCACCUUAUCUGCUGGGCCAUCUUCCUGGGCCCGUAGUGUGUGUGUUCUUCUGGAAGAAUUCUGAACAUGUAAUUGUAUUCAGUAGGUACGAUUUGACGUAGUUUUCAAUGUUAAGAUUCUCUUCAAAGCAAAAUUUAUUAUUGUGGAAGAAUUUUUAUUGAAAGUCCUUUUGGAAUUUUUCAGGGAAAACGAUUACGAUUACUACUCAGUGUUUGUCUCUUUGGUAUCCAUAGGACUAACGACAGUCAAGACGAGUCCCAUACAGAACUUCACAUGAAAUUUGAGCAAAAUAUUUCUGCAUCAAAUACACUGAGUACAAGGCUGGCUCAUAAGUGCUCUUGUGUGGAAAAAACUCACCAAUUGGAAAAUGAAGAUGGUGGAAACUUGGCGGCACCUUCCUCAGCCACAGGAUCUACUCAUGCCUGUAUGGCACACUACCCUUGGAUGUCUGAAAAUGAUGCGAGAGAGCUAAGCAAAGGACUUGGUGACUUAAAACAAUCCGUGCAACUUAGUUUGGAGACGCAGAAAAAACAAAAUAGCGGCAUAGAAGAACUAGCUGGAAUUGGGAAACCCUUUAAGAUAAUAAAUCGUGAAUGUGAAAUUGGAGAGUGUGGUUCUCACAGAGAUUUUGGAACCUGCCAACUUGGAAGGAGGACUCCAGUUUCAACGCAGCAAUGCUCAGCACAAAGAACAACUAAACCAUACUCAGAAUUCUUAAGAGAGAGCUACACAACUUCAACAAUAAAUGUGAUGGAAACCAAAAUUAGAAGCCUUAAAUCUACACUCUCUAAAUUGAAAGUUAGCAGAGCAUUAAGUGCAUUGGAACUGGAACGAUAUAAGUACCUCUAUCAUGAAGAAUUAAGCAUUAGAAAAUCAUUUCAAUAUUACCUAAACAAUCUUUGCAGGAGUAAUGAGAAUUCAGAGAAGAGCAGGACAAAGCUUCACAUGGAAAUGCAGCACGGCAGAUCUGCAGGGAAUGCACAAAGCUUGAGGCUGUUCACUGAGUGCUCUUCUGCUGGCAAUUUUGAUAGCAUCCCAGGACCCAGAAUAAGUCUCCUCCGGAGAGAAAACCUGACAGCAUCUUCCUUAAACUCUCAACCAUCAACCACUGGCCUGGAAGACUGCCUAGGAAUGGUUAGCUAUGGUUUCCAAUUUAAAGUUCUGGUGCAGUUCUUGUUUUCAACCUGGUUAACUAUUAGGCUUUGCAGUUGACACCUCCUAAGUUAAGACAAGAGUGAAUCAUGAUAAAGAAGAAAAGUGGAGGGAUUAGAGAGAGGUCUUCCCUGGGAAACUGUGCUACUGUGCAGUGCAAGGGCAUGAGUUCAGAUCCCCAGCACCCACCUAAAAGUUUGACAUAGUGCCUGUCACUGUAGUGAGGGAGAAUGGGUGGAGACAGGGAUCCUGUGGUUCUCAGUCAGGCUAGUCUUGAAUAAACUGUGAGCUCUAGGUUCAGUGUGGAACCUUGUUUAAAAAAAUAUAAAGUAGAAAAGAGAGAGAAAGAUAGGGGAAGUAAGCUUUCCCCUACAGGAGUACAUGCACUGAUGAGUGCCACCCCGUACAUUGUUAGUACACAUGUAUACACACACACACACACACACACACACACACACACACACACACACACACUCUCACACUCACUGCAUGGAACAAGAGAGAGAGAAAGAAAGAAAACAAAAUUAGAAAUCUUAUAAACUUGGAAAGUUCCUGGUGCUCUUAUUUUUAUGAGAUAUUAUUUACAAACUUUUUACACAUGUAAGUGAAUUUAAAUAUAUUUAAAAUCUGAAUGUAAAUUGCUUUUUAGGAGAUGAUUAUUCCUGAACAGACAAGGUGGCUCAGUAUGUAGAGACCUGUGUCGUGAAUCCUGAUGAUGUCUGUUCAAUUUUCAAAGUCCACACGUGAAAGGAGAGAACAAGUUGUCCCACCAGUUGUCAACUGACCUAGACAAAUGCUCCAUGACAUGUGUAUGUGUACACCCAGAUACAGACACACACGAAAUGAACACAUAGAUACAUAGAUGCAUAAAUGAACAGACAUGAAUGAAAAGGAUGAUUCCUGCAUCUAAGUCUAGGUAUGCUUUGACAUGCUGUGGCUUACUUUCUAAGCAACUUUUGCUUGGCCAUGCAACAUUUUGCUGAAUCUUAUUUUUAGGUUUCAUGUUCCAGCUUAAUUCCAAGAUGAUGUGUCCUAUGCAUUAGGAGCCAUUGUAUACUUUUGUUUUGUCCCCAUUAGAUGUUAUGACUUUGCAAUUACAAGUUAUGUACCUGACAUGAGGAGAUACAGCUUUUAGGUUCUGUAUAUAAUGAAUCAUUUUCUGAUCAUUGAAAAAACAUGCUUGGUGCUGAGAAUUGAGGAUAUAAUCUGUGGUUGUAAGCCACUGAGCUAGAAUUAUUUAAUUGACGUAAAGGUUAUAAAUAACAUCGGACUGUUUUUCAGAUGCAUCAAGAGUCCCAAUAGAAUUAAAGAUAGAGAAGCAAAUAAAGCAAGGAACUGACAACCAACAAUAUUUCUAUUGACAGAUAUUAAACAAUUUGAAACAAUUGGAGGAGUUUCUAUGGCAGAGAAGAAUAUGGAUUAUCUACUUUUAACAACCUCUCUCCUGUGUGCAUAUGUGUGUGUCUCUGCGUGUGUCUGACCGUCUCUCUCCUUACCUAUCUCUAUUUGUAUCUAUGACAUCUAUAGAUCAGUUUACAAAGGAUAUGUUACAGAUCUGCUUAUACAGGGAUCUAAGUGUUGUUGAAUUAUAUGUAUCUGUGACUCAGCUCAGGUAAGAUGUCUCCUAUACCUCCUUGCCUCUCAUUGACAUUUUUACAACAGACAUGUAGAAUAGACAAUAGAUAGGCCCCCUUGGACCACAUUCAUAGAGAUGUAUCUACACAGAUGUCAGCAUUCAUACAGAGACAAUAGCUGGUUGAGUCUACAUUUAACCAGAUUUGAAGAAAUAAGGACAUUGAGAACACCUAUUGUCCAGUUGAAGAGAGGGAUUCUAUGAGCAAGGGGCAUCAAGAUCAUGAUGGGGAAGCCUGCAGAGACAACCAAACCAAGUGGGAACUCAUGAACUUUAGACCAACAGCUGUGGAGCCUCCAUGGGACUGAACUAGGCCGUCUGCAUAAGCGAGACAGUUGUGUAGCUUUGUCUGUUUAAGGGGCCCCCUGGCAGUAGGAUCAGGAUCCAUCCCUGGUGCAUGAGCUGACUUUUUGGAGCCCAUUGCCUAUGGUGGGACACCUUGCAUAGCCUUGAUGCAGGGGGAAGGGCUUGGACCUGCCUCUACUGAAUGUACCAGGCUCUGCUGACUCCCCAUCGGAGGGAGGCCUUACCUUUUUGGA